CUAGUAAUAACGUUUGUUAUGUUUAUGUUGGUUAAGAAUUAGGAUUAAGUGCAUUAGUCGUCCACAAUGAAGCACUGUCUAACCCUAGCUCGAACUUCACUCUUAUCAUCUCAUUUCUCCAUUUUUCAUUUACCUAAUUCCAUCCCUAAAUUUCCACAAGGGUUACACCAAAAUUAUCGAAGAAUUCGAUGCAUUCCACAACAUUCAAUUGCAGAAGCUGUUGCAAUUGCUGAGCCUUCAAUCGUCGAACAAUCAGAAGACACGACUAACGACACAGUUGCGCAAUUACUCGCCUCCAAGAAUAAUGAUAGUGUCUCAAAGCUAAUGAAAAUGGAGAGAAAAUCAACUCCUUGUACUGAUAACUAUGGUCGUUGGUUUCCUUAUCUUGAUAAAUUUUGUGCAAAUGGUGUUUAUUUGGACAGUGCUGAAGUUCUGGAGGUGUUGGAUCCUCUAUUGUUGGAUGUGAGGAAAGAGAGAUUUAGGAAUGUGGUGAAGCAUCGGAGUUAUGGUAUUUGUCUUGUAGUUGAAGGAUUGACUGAUUUCGGGAAUGUUUCAGCUGCAUUUCGAUCUGCUGAUGCCCUUGGCUUCCAAUCUGUCCAUGUUAUUUCUUGCGGUUCCAAAAGGUACAGAGAUAAUCGGCAUGUCAGCAUGGGUUCAGAAAAGUGGCUGGAUAUUGAGGUCUGGGACUCCACUCAAGAAUGCUUUGAGGUUCUUAAAUCACGCGGAUACAGAAUAGCCACUACUCAUCUAGGAAAGAACUCGGUUUCAGUAUAUGACAUGGAUUGGUCAUGCCCAACUGCUAUUGUUGUCGGGAAUGAGAACAGGGGCAUUAGUGAAGAAGCUUUAGAGUUAUCAGAUUUGCACUGCAUUAUUCCUAUGAACGGCAUGGUUGAUUCCUUUAAUGUUUCUGUUGCUGCUGGAAUACUAAUGCAUCAUGCUGUUUGUGACAGAACUUCACGCUUGGGUUCUCAUGGUGAUUUAACCUCGAACGAAAGUCAAAUUCUACUAGCAGAGUUUUUUCUGCGACACAGCAAUAGUGCGAUCAGCACUGUCAAUGAAUAUGCCAAAAGGAAAUCACUGGACCCAGUGUCAAAGCUAUGAUGUGAUUCUUUUACUCUCUAUAAACUGUAUCUGGUCCGUCUAUUUUACGCAUUUUGUAAAACUAUCAGCAAGCGUUCAUGAUCAAAACUCAAGAGGAUCCCAAUAGUCACAAGGAUUACAGGAAGUUGUGCUGAGUGCUGAAGAGGGGUUAUUGAGUAAGUGGAAAUAUGCGAAGAAAUCAUAUGUUCGGUUCUCUUUUCUCGAUUCCUUAUUAUUCAAAGUAAUCAAGAGUCGAGUAAUGAGUAUGUUUGUUUUUUCUUUGAGCUAUUCACCUGCAAAAAUAAGUGAAGGACCAAAAUUAUUAGUUUGUAUAAAGAAUUUUAUUGUUUCACUCCUGGUUUUGUAACUCGAAUUAAACAGAAUUGCAAUUCAAGAUGGGUCACCAAACUGACCUCAAUUCGAAUGAAAUCAAAUGAUCUGGUGAGUAUUUGAAUCGAAA